AUGGGGGCGUGGACUGCCGCUCUCGACGGGGCAUACGCAGUGAUCCAGUUUGCCGCGGUCAACCCGUACCCCGAGUGCACGUGGGAGGAGGCGCGUCUGUCGAUGCGCAUGAACUCCAACGUGGUCUUGGCUGCUCAGCGAGCAGGUGCCCGGCGCCUUGUGCUGGCCAGCUCUUCUCACGUGCUGGGUGGCUACAUGCAAGAUGGCGCAGUUCUUUCUCCACAAGCACCAGAGAUAGGUCCCAGCACCCAACUUGGAAGAUUCACUCACUUCCGCCUUCCAGGCUUCACCACCGACGCUUCAGGGUAUGCGACAGCAAAGGUUCAGUUGGAAGAAAUUGGCCGCGCUGCAUCAGCGGCGUCGCCCGGGCUUUCUGUCGUCACAGUCCGCAUCGGAUGGUGCCAGCCUGGGGAAAAUCACCCGAGGCAGAUGACGGCCACCGCCACGCCGACGAUUUCCGCAGAGAGGGUGGCCGUGCAAGAAAGCGCUGAAGCAGAGGUUGCUCAAGGCUUCGACAACAGGGAUCUGAUCCUUGCUUGGUUGCAUCGCAUCUGGCUGUCAACACCAGACUUCCGCCACCUCUUCACGCGCGCCAUCGAGAGCGAUUUUGAGGGAUACCUUGUAGUCAGCGGUGUCUCCAACAACUCUGGCAUGCGUUGGUCCAGAGAGGGUUGGGAUCAACUGGGCUACGUGCCCCAUGACGACGCCAUCGAGGCCUUAGGGCAAGCAUGCGAUAGCCCAGACAUGAGGACAUCCUCGUGA